UUUUCUAUCAGAUGUAAAAUGGACGGGCGGUCGUGUCGCUGCGCGCUCGCGGUUUACGCGUGUUUCUUGUAAUAUCGAAGUUAAUUGUUUAAAAAUUUGACGUCAUCCCGUUUAUUGUUUACGCGAUUGUUCGACUACUCCGGUGUUCGGUGCCGGGGAAGAUUGUGUUAGUGCAUGUGUUAUAUUUUGACGUUACUCACUUGCUGUGAUUUGGCUGAUAGCUGACCGGUGGGUGCGCGUGAUAAUACUAUACGUGUUUUUGACGAUUAAAUCGUCUAGUGUUGGUGUUUUAGCUGCACCAUGCUGUGCAAGGUGACAUAGUGAACGCUGAAUGACCCUGACCUCUGGCCACCAUGUCUGGGCGAUCGGAUUGCAGGAAAUUCGCUCCCAACAUCUUCAAUAAGAGCAAGUGCACUAAUUGCUUUCGGCAGAAGGAGGAGCACAGCGCCGAAGCCUUGGAAUCUAAUCGGGCCAGUCGUAAGAUAUCAAAAUGCGGAUAUCUUUUCGUGGCGCCGGGCUGGGACUUCUCCAAUCCGCUCUACAGAACAAAGAGAUGGCAGCGGAGGUGGUUCGUUUUAUACGACGAUGGCGAGUUAACAUACUCGCUUGACGAACACCCAGACACAGUCCCACAAGCCAGCAUCGAUAUGACGACGGUCCUGGAGGUGAGCGAGGCGGACUCCGUCACCGGCCAUGCACAUAGCCUGGCGGUAACGGCGCCGGAACGAGUCACGUUCGUGAAGGGAACAUGUAGAGAAGAGGCGAGAUGGUGGGCUGAUGUGCUGAGCGUGUAUCCAAGGAGUAAGGGCCGACACAAACGAAACGCUACUUUCCCCGGCGGCCAGACGGCGAGCCUGCUGCAAUCAUCAACGACAAGAAACCAUUUUACCGCUGUUCCAGAGUACUCCGCGGACGCUUCAACUCUUCGUGACGCAGCGGACGGGUGCACCGCGGCCCGGCCUCGGUAUUGCGGCGCGGGUACCACUACCUGGCCGGGACCGAGGGUCCAGCCCCCGCAGCCUGAGAUCCCGAGCUUAGCACCACCACAGCCUGUAGACACCAAAGUGUACACCGAUCAGCCGGUAUCCUCGGCCUCGCCGCCGACCAGAGACAAGAUCAACGGGGAGGAGAAGGCGCGCUCACGCCGCCGAGACACCUGGGCUGAACCUUCAACACCCACAACGCCCGAUGACCCUGCCAGUGUGUCAUCGCCACUACUCCAGCACCGCUACGACGAGCAACUGCGCGACAUUGCCGCUUCGCUGACGCGUCCGCGCAGCCGCCGGGCGCUGCCGCCCACGCUAGAGCGGCCUACCCGUUUGGCACCUGAUCGCCUCCCGGUCCGAGGAUCACCCGACGGCGCUGUACCACCCGAAGAAGGGAGCUCCAGCUCAGCCAGCGAAGGCAGCGAGCCCACCGACACGGUCGAAGUAGCCGAAGCCAGCGAGAGCGGUCGCGUGGAACUCCCAGCGGAGCGCCUACUCCACGCCAGGGCCGGCUGGCUACAGCGCCGCGGACCCGGCGGGUGGUCGCGCCACUGGUUCGUGCUCCGAGGUGCAGCGUUGCUGUACUUCAGGGACCCGCAUGCGGAGCAUAGGGGGCUGAUGGAUGGGGUGAUUGAUUUGAGUGGCAUCGCGAGGGUUGUAGAGCUACCGACGUCGGCGUCUACUAAUGGAUACGCUUUUGAGACUGAGACAUGGGAUGGCAAACAUAUUGUAUUGUCAGCGGUAACGGCGGGCAUACGAGCUAAUUGGGUGUCCGCUAUGCGCCGCACCGCUGGUCUGCCAGAAUCCAAACCGCUAUCGUUGCUCCUGCGGGAAGACAGCGUCGACCAAGCUUCAGAGUCAUCCACGUCACCCAUCACACCCGUGACUCCCAUCACGAGCAGAUCAGCGCCAUUCUCGUCUGAUGAAGAAUACCGAACGGCUUCAGAAGGCGGUCGAAGAGAUAGCGCGGACUGGGGAGACAUGGCGCCCCAGCCACCACCGUCACCCAUCCUAAACAGAACACCCAUCAGCAAAGUCAAAGAAAAAGUCCGCGCGCGAGGCUGCCACCAAAUCCCUCCGCGAGACACUUCAAAAAGCGACAAAGACGAAAUAGACUCCGCCAAAGAAAGCCGUCCAGACGAAGUCGACGAAAACGAAAAGCCAAACGAGCCACGCAAACGCAGCUACAUAUCGACAAUCGACAAACAGUCUAUUGAAAUCGACGACCUGCGAAAACAACUGAAGCUUGCACUUUCAGACGUCAACGCCGCUGAGUCAGAACUUGCACGCCUCCGCAAACUCAAGUCAGAUGCUGCUCUUAGGGAAAAGAAAAUGGAGGAACUAGUAACAGCUCUACAGCAAAAGGAAGAAGAGUUGUCUAUUAGAACUAAGGAAGCUGAAAAUUUGGAUGCGUUAAAACAGAUGUACAACCAAGAUAAGACCACGUGGGAAGCGAAGUUGACAGAAACUCAAAACUUCCUGAAAGAGUCGACGGAGCACUGCGAGCUGUUGACGAAGCAGCUGGCUUCAGCGCAGGAGAACGUGCAGCAACUACAACGAGAACUGAGCGAACUCAACGAGAAGCUCAUGAAGAGCGUAAAGGAGAACGAUGGCUUGUACAUGAGGAUCAGAGAGCUGGAGGGGCGCGUGACGUCAGAGUCGCCGGUCAAGGAGAAACGAAAGAGCAUCGGCUCUCUAAGCGAUCUCAGCAACCUCAGCAGAAACUUGGACUUAGAAUCCUUGGAGAAAAGCAGACUUAUCGAAGAAUACGUCGAGCUUAGAUCAAGGUUCGUUAAAGCCAUUCAGGAAAUCAAAACUAUGAAGAAAGAACUCCGGGAUUCUCACAACAUGUACGAUGAACUGGAAAUAACUAACAUGAAGCUGAGAAAUGAAAUGAAGUUGAGGGAGCAGUGCAGUAGGUCAGAGAUCGACUUGAUGGCCGCGCGCAUUUUGGAUUUAACACAGAAACUGACUGCCUCCGAUAAGCAAGUACGAACCCUGAAACACAAAAUACAGAAGUCAGAGUCCAGAGAAAAACGGCGAAGCUUAUCUCUCAAAGGUAGAGAAUCCUUCACCUUAGGUAAGGAGGUCGAAGAGAAACUGACUGAGCUAGAAAACAAAAUCACACUUUUGGAAACGGGAGAACCUGCUCCUAUCAUAAACUCUCCGUCGAAGAGUGCGUCGCCUGCCAAAGAGAAAGCUCCCAAAACCGAGAGCUCGUCAGAAGAGAAGAGAGCGAAGAGGCUAGCCGCUCGGUUAAGGAGGAAGUCACUCGACAGCGCAUUGGCGACGAGCUCAGAGCCGAUGAAGAUGCUCGGCCGACUGACGUCGUUAGAAACCAAAGUUGCAUCAGCGUUCGAGAACAGACGAGACUUGACAAACUCGUGUGAAUCCUUAAGCCAAGCCACACGGUCUACCAACAGUCCUGUCUUCACAGAUAGCCCGGAGAGUUUAGGAACACAGUCCCAACGACACUUACUCGAUAGGCUGCAGAGCCUCGAGAGUGUAGUCAUCCACUCCCGCGACAAAGUCAACGAGUGCUUGUGCCAGAUGAGCGCCAUGCGAGCCGCGAAGUCCAGGCGAUCGCCUUCCCCUAGUCUCGAGAAAAAAUACAGCAUCAAGUCCAUGGAGAAAUGCUUGACUGACGUCAGUAAGCGACUUCAAGAGUGCUUCGAUAAGUGCGUCGUUGAUUGCGAACCUGGAGAAAUAGAUGCCAAUGACAGCGUGGCGCAGGUGGUCGUUCAGCUAGAAGAACAGCUCCGAGCGAAGCUUCUAGAACUCUCCAAGAAGAAAGCGGCGCUCUACGAAGCGGGUGAGCUCACGCAGAGGAAAAGCUUAGAAAUCCUAGCCGAGAAACUAGCGUACGAGGCAGUCCUGGUCACCAGGAUCCAAGAGGCUCUGGAAUCGUCCAAUGGGAGCAGAUUCUUCGCUAGAUUAAUAAAGUCUGAAAUAAUCGAAACUAGUCAAUUAAUCGAUAACCUUAAGUGUAAGAUAAGCGGGGACAGCUGCCGGAAUAUCAGCAGCACGAGGAGCUCGCUGGACUAUCUGGCGAGGAUUCUGUCGAGGAAGAUCGACUUCAUGAACAGCACGCGCGAGGCGAGGGAUUUGCGGGCUUCGGAACUUAUCAUCCAAAGCGCGGAUCUGGAAGCGCUCCGAGCGUCACAGCGCGAAGUAGCCGCCGCUGUAGACAGAUAUAAGACCGACAAGUUAGCCGAGCUGUGCUCCGCGCUGGCUUCUGAAGCUCUCGCUCAUGCGCCGGGCGAUGGUGACUCCGAACAACGCUCCGGAUUAGAGGCCGCCAGAGUGCGUGAAGCGUGGGCGGCGGCCCGCGACGCGCUCGGCGCAGAACUGGUCCAAGCGGAAGUCGCACGCGCUCUAGGCCGCGCGGCACAACUAUGCGAAGAGAACCUUGACCGCGCGCGUUCAGGACGCUUAACUUUAACGGCUCAAGAUCGUGCAGAUUUAGAACUGUGGUGGCAGGCGGCGCAUGAUCAUCUGCGAUGCGAGAUGGACGCGGCCGUGCGCGACAUCGCGGCCAGAUACCGCGAGUGCCUCGGCGAGAGGCGAGGCAAAGAAGGUUCACCGGGUCUGGACUCGCGCGUCUUGCUGCAACAGCUCGCCGAAGUCCUAGCACAUAAAGCUUUAGUAGAUGCACGGGUGGCCGUCGUCGAAGGGACGUUCAGGGCUUCGGCCCCUAGGGACCCGACUCCCCGCACGCCGACGGACGCCAUCUCCUCCCUGGACGCGGACCCCACCCAAGAGGCGGAGUUCGUGUACCUCUUCCAGCACUUCUCGAACGAGUGCCGCGCGCUCUUCUCCAGUGACUGUUCGGGUAACAGUGAAGACUUGACGAAGAUCGGCGAGAGCCUCGAGCGAGCGGAGGCGGCGGUGGCGGCGGUGUGGGGCGCGCUGGGGGGCGCGAGUGAGACGGACGCGGCGCAGGAAGGGGCGGGAGAGGGACAGGGAGUGCUGGGCCGCGUGGAGGCGCUGCGCCAGCGCGUUGAGGCUCUGCAAGCGCUGGUCCCGUGCCAGCACUGCAAGCAGCUUCAGGACGCGCUAGACAGCGCGUGCUCGUGUGUCAGGCUGCAGGCCGAGCGCGCACGCGGCGAGAGCGCACGCGCACAGCAAGCCGGCGCGCUAGCGGCCGCUCGCCGCGCUCGCGCAGCGCUACUCGCGCAACACGAGCGUGAGCGCGGCGCGCUGCGGGAGCGCGCGCGCACGCUGCAGAGACGGCUCGCCGCCCUGGACUCGGAGUACAGCGCGCAGUUGGAUAGCUUGCGCGCGGCUUACCAGGUCACUAAUCAAAACGCAGUGUCAGCGGACGUCCACGGCGACGGGCUGCGCGUGCGCUACCAACAGGAGAUCGAGCAACUGCGCGCCCUGUGCGAGAAAGGUCUGCUCGCUAUGGAGAGCUCGCACCGCCGCAUCGUGCGAGAGAUGGAGGAGAAGCACCGCGCUGAACGCGAACAGCUCAGGCUGGAUAAAGAACAAGCGUUGGCAGAAGAAACGCGCGCUACCCUCGCCGCACUCGACGCGAUGCGCAAGGCGCAUGAAAACGAGGUCCGAAGAGAAGUGGACAAGUUCAAAGCGGAGUUCCUGAGCCGCGGCCAACACGGCGAGCUGUCGCAACUUAGUACUCGCCAUCAGCAAGAAAUGGAGGAGAUAAAGCGAGAGAUCCUGUCGCUGAGCGAGAAGUACUCAGUCAAGUGCGUCGAAUCCGCGGCGCUGGAGGACAGGCUGGCGGCCGCCACUGCGCAGCUUACGCACGCGCACAACCACAUCAUGCAGCUCGACGCUAGGAACAAGCAGCUGCGCGCGCACAUAAUGUCGGAAGCCAGCGAGAUGAAGGGCGACGCGCUGCCGCACCUCAUCGAGGACGGAGCGCAUGGGCGGGAGGCGCCGCUGUGGCAGCACCUGCGGCAGCUGGCCGGCGUCUGGCAGCGGAACUCAGGGGAAGUCCCGGAGCAGCCCGCUGCUGGAGGCGGCGCGGCCGACGCGGCCCGCCAAGAUACAGUUCGCGAAGACAGAGGCUACCAGAAACCUGCAGCUGUCGCCCGUCCAGAACUGAGGACGCGUCGCUGCUCCGUGCGCGAGCGCACGACCGUCGCCCCGCUCGUCGGAAUGGUGGCCGAGCGGAAGAAGCGUUUCGAGCUAUAGCGCGCGCUCUCUCCCUCGUCGAUCCCCGCCAACGACUCUAUGCCAACGACAUAGAGUACAAUCUUCAUCGAUGAGAGAAACAGAACGCGACGCGUCCAUUUCGAAUUCACUCGUCCACGGAAAUAAGGGCCCUAUGCCUUCCGCAUAGAGUUCAAAACUUUAAAGAUUGACGCUUCACCCACCACGCUAGCACUGGCCACUUUGCUUUGUAUAUCCCAUAUGUUAUAGCAAUAUUACAUGUACUAAGUAUUACAGUAGCCAGUGUUGGGCGAACGUUAAUUGCAAUUAACCAGUACAAAUUGAACCGUAAACUGUACCCGUCCGUUACUGUUUACAGUUCAAUUUGUACUAGUUAAUGGUUAAUUGCAAUUAACGUUCGGCCAACACUUACAGUAGCGUUAUUAACAUUAUUUAUGAGUGUUUCAUGACAGUGUAUUCAAAUGUAACCGUUGAAUUGUAAUUAGGACUACAAAGUAACUUAAGUUAGAGACGUCCGCAGUGGUUAUCAAUUAUGAUAUGACUAUAUUCAUUUUAUUAUAUUUAGACCAACACAAUAUUGUCCCAACAUUUAGCCCUAGUGUAUCUUUAUGUUAUGACCAAAUAUAAUUUUCUCUUUAAGUGGCCAGAUUCUUAACUCCCACCCACCACAUUAAAUGUAUAUUACUUUGUUAGUAUUGUUUUUAUCUAAUUCUAGUUAACUCUAACUGUAUAUUUCUUUCUUUUGUACGUUUUCUUUUCAUGAACUGUUUGCGACUGAUUUCUUCAGUUUGAUAUUUCUAAGUUAGUUUUAGCCGAUUGGUUAGUGAUGUAAAAAUGUAACCUUAUGUAAAUACUAACAGUCCAUUCUUUUGUAACCAUUUGUUUUCGUGCACAGUUUCCCUGUCCAUUUAAUCUUUAAGGAAUUGUUACCAAAUAUUUCUUAUUUAUGACAUUUUUACUUUCGGGCGCUCCGGGCACAGUGGCUCGCCUUUCCGCUUUGAAUCAUUAAAAAAGUUAUGAAAUUGUAUGAAGUUGAAUUGUGUCACUGUGUCUGUUCGGUCCCUUGUUUAUUUUUUGUAGUUUUAUAAAUAGUUUAGAGUAUGCGUUGUGAGUGUGGGACAUAUAUGUACGGAGUUUGAGCCGGGCACGUUUUGCUUAUAUUAUAUUUAUAGAGGCAUAUUAUAUUGUUUUACACAUUAACAAGUUAUUUUAGAGCGUUAAAGUUUGACAUUUUCGGUUUAUCCCUAACCUGUGUGUAAACUUGUUUGUUACCAUGUUUCUGAACUGGGCAUUUGAAAACUGUCUUCCAUCGCGUUUGACUCACAUGUUGUGUAUAGUAUCACCCGCGGUCCGUGUCGGGCGUCCCAAGUCGAAUAAGGCGUCUUAAGGCCAGAGCACACCGGCUGCGAGUGCGUGCACGUGCACGUGCGGGUUAAAAUGUUGGCGUGUACGUCGUACACGUCGUGCAAGCGGUGUCUCAUAAAAAUCUGUAUUACAACGCGCACGGAUCCGGUGUGAACAGGCCUUUAAUGUAUCGUAUUGCUCAAUGUUAUCUAGUUUCAUUAAAUUAUAUAAAGAAAUGAAAUACCAAAACAAUUGAUUGCAUUGUAUAACGCUUGUCGGCACUUAGGAUAAGAACGCGGCUGAAAAAUUACUUGCGCACGCGUCGGUGUUGUCGCGGCGUCGUCAGCGUGUCGUCGACGUGUCGCCGCGGCGACGCUGUCGCGUCUCUCCCCCGUCUCAGUUGACGUUGUAAAGUGUUGGUUUACAUAACAAAGAUUUUUAAAUAAAACUACUUAAUACAA